UCUAUUUUGGUGAAAUUUUCCUCCCCGUCGCAAGGCCGACUUUGAAAUUUUUCAUUGGCAAAGUUUAGCUUAAGUUUGGGAAAGAUAGUAGAGUGAAUUCAACAUUUCAAAUGUAAAGUGUAUUGGAACGAAAUUUCACACCGUGGUAAGAGGUCGUUUGAAGGAAUGUAAGCUUGCGGAUGCUUUUUUUUUGUGACAACACCUGCCCACCCCUUCUUGUUUGUCAAAGUAACCUGACCCUACCAGGGACACAAGAUGGCGACCGAACCUAGGUUGGAGAAAAGUUUCGAGGAUGAAACCUCGCAGGAUUCCUUCGAGACGGACCAGAACGGCAACACGGGAGGCACGGGACUCGGCGAGGACGACGAGGCGUUCGGAAACGUGAAUUUCAUCCACCCUGGGUUCGACAGGACCGCCAUUUUCAUCGAGGGCGCGUCGGACUCCGAGUGCCUAGAGGGUAAAGAUGGCUCUCACGGACACCCGGACGAGAUGGGAGACGACAACUCUGCGCAGGGGUACAUCCACCACACGAUCUCCCCCGACCAGAUCACGUUCUCCAUAACCCCGGGACGGUGUAACAUGCCCGAUCCCACCAACAUAGACCACGCUACGUUAACGCUAGAGACCGAAUGUCCGACAACAAACAGUAAGGAAGUGAAGAGAUACCGAUGUACAUACUCCGAUUGUAACCGGACUUACAGUACGGCGGGCAACCUCAAGACCCACCAGAAGACGCACACCAAGGACUACACGUUCGUUUGUAAGCAGCAAGGUUGUGGCAAAGCCUUCUUAACGUCUUAUAGUCUGAAGAUUCACGUCAGGGUCCACACGAAGGAGCGGCCGUACAGCUGCGAUCAGGCGGGUUGUGAAAAAUCCUUCAACACGUUAUACAGGUUAAAAGCCCACCAGCGUCUGCACUCGGGAGAAACCUUCAACUGUGACUCUGACGGCUGCACCAGAUACUUCACUACCAGGUCUGACCUCAUGAAACAUCUGAGAACUCACACUGGGGAGAAACCCUACAAAUGUACUGAGACCUCCUGUGGAAAAGCCUUUGCUGCAAGUCAUCAUCUCAAGACCCACAUAAGAACACACACAGGUGAGAGGCCCUACAGUUGUGAGAAGGAAGGCUGUCAGCGUGCCUUCACCACACAGUACAGUCUCAAGAGCCACAUCAAAACUCACGCCAAGAAGGGCCUGUCUGCUCUAGGUUCGCCAUGCCCAGGAGAGGAUGGCCACAUCAUCACCACGACAACAGGAGCAAUAGAACAGUGGUCGCUCGGCAGCCAGUUUGUUCUGGCCUCGUCUGGCGAGCUGGGACAAGGCGAUGCCAACUCACUCUUAGAACAGAUCCAGGCACAGGCAGCACAAGACAGCAUGGUUGUCAGAUCUCCAAGCUAA